AUGGACGCCCACGCUUCUCACACCAGAGGAGAUGGAGACUCCGGGGCCCGGGCCUGCGCCUGCGGCAAUAAGAUAUCGAGCCGCGACUCACACCAGGUCUGCUCGUUUUGCCUCGGGCUGCAACACGCCCGGCAGGCUAUCGAGGCCCCAGGCUCCUGCGAGCAUUGCGCCCGCUUCACCGCCAAGAGUCUCCGACGACGCCUAGCACGCCAAGCUAGCUCGUCCGGUCAGGACCCCUUCAUUCCUGCGGGUGACACACCUGUCACCAGCGGGGAGAAGGAAGGUGACGAUGCGGUUGUCGGCCCGCGCGCUAGCGGCAGCUGGGGCUCCCAGCUGGACCUAGCCGCCCCGACUCCGCUCGCGGAAGACGUUUUGGAGUUGGACUAUGAGGAUGACUACGAGACAAUCUCGGAGCUCCUCAUAUCCGAGGAGGAGAGUGAGGACGAUGUCCUCAUUCCCUCCGCUCAGCUUGCCGCUCAGCCCGCCACACCAGGCGCUGAGGCUGUCCUCGGGGACGAGGAGGGGAGCGCGCCCGCUCCCUCCGCUGUCAGCAUGGACAUGCAGGCCGUGUGUAAACGCGCUGCAUCCCGGCUGAACAUCCCCUGGCCUGAAGCGAUAACGGAGACCACCAGGUCCCGUUAUGAAGGGAAGAAAUUCCCUCAGGCUGCGAGGACAGCUAAGCAGCUGCUCCCCGUCUUCCCCGAGCUGCUCGACGAGUUGUCCUCCUCAUGGAAGGAUCACCCGUUCAGCGGCAGAAGCUCCAUCCACGGAGCUUCCUCCCUGGAUUGCGAGGGCAUGGAGAAGCUCGGUAUUCUCCGUAUGCCCCCCAUGGAGCCGCUAGUCGCUGCACAUUUGCACCCGCGGCUAGCCGCUUCAUCCAGGGAUCCCACGCUGCCCUCCAAAGCGGACCGCAUCCAGUCCGCCAUGACUGAGCGGGCUUACAGGGCAGCAGCACUGGCUGUCAGGGCGCUUAAUGUCUCCUCCAUGCUCUCCGCUUACCAAGCGGAGCUGUUUGAGGACAUGGCGACCAAACCUGACCCAGCGGUGUGGGACGAGAUUACCGUGAUAACGGACAUCUGCCUCCGCGUGCAGCGCUGUGCGGUCCAGGCCACGGGUAAGUCUCUGGGGACGAUGGUGUUACAGGAGCGAGCCAGAUGGCUCAACCUGUCUAACCUAUCGGACAGAGAGAAGGAGGACAUGUUGGACAUGCCGAUCACACCAGACGGCAUUUUUGGCUCCGCUCUCGCCUCAAUGCAGCAGCGCUGCGAGGCGAAGAAGAGGGAGGAUGAAGCUCUCCAGCUCUGCCUCCCGCGCAAAGCCGAGCGUCCACCUGCCCCAGCCCCGCGGCAGAGCGCCGCGCAGGCUACGACAGGAGGUGAGGUCCGGCUGGCCCAGAAAGGCCACUGCAGCGACAGCAGCUCUGCCGUCACAGAACGAGCAGUCUGCCGGUCCGCAGGCCAGGAAGAAGAAGAAGCCGACCUGAUGGUCUCCUUCCUCAGACCGGUGCCGGGGCUGCACGUUCAGCAGCCCCACCUGUCUUUCUUCCUCAGCGUGCUUGACCGCAGGUCGAGGGCGCAGUCACAAUUAACAAACAAGAACAUAAACAGUUCGGUGUCGCUCCCGGUUCCGGAGCGGGUGACGUCCCGUCUCCGGUCCCGGAGCUACACCGGACCUGUCAAUGCACUAACACCCGGCGCAUGCGCAGUGGCGCACGCCGGUUGCAACCGCAUCUUGUCACUAGGGGGCGCCAUAACACCGUUUAUGGAGUCUCCAGUGACAGGCGGUCUGACAGACGCUGUCACAUCACUCUGCCUGAGGACAGAGAGAUGGGCCGCGCUCCCCAGCUCAGCCUGGGUCCUGAGAACGAUAUCGCGGGGUUACAGGCUUCAGUUUGCAGCCGUUCCCCCUCGUUUCUCUGGUAUAGUGCAUUCUCAGGCGCGCGGAGAGUCAGCUCGUGUUCUCCAGGAGGAAAUUCACUCGCUAUUGGAAAAGAGAGCAAUAUGCGUGGUGCCUCCCGGACAAUGUCAGAGCGGCUUUUAUUCCAGGUAUUUCCUGGUCCCCAAACGAGGAGGGACCGGGAUUCGCCCAAUCCUGGAUCUCCGGGCUCUGAACAAAUACCUCAGAACAUACCAGUUCAGGAUGCUUACACACGCAUCCCUGCUGCGUAUGGUGCGUCGGAACGACUGGUUCACAUCAGUCGACCUCAAAGACGCAUAUUUCCACAUUCCGAUAUAUCCUCCUCACAGGAAAUAUCUGAGGUUUGCUUUUCAGGGUGUUUGUUACGAGUACAGAGUGCUGCCCUUCGGGUUAUCUCUGAGCCCAAGGGUGUUUGUGCGUUGUACGGAAGCGGCCAUUGCCCCGCUGCGGCGACAGGGCAUCAGGCUGGCCACGUACCUGGACGAUUGGCUCCUCCUGGCACGGUCCAGAGAGGACGCCAUCGCGCAAACACACAUCCUCAUAAAACACCUGAUCGACCUGGGUUUUAUGAUAAACUCGGAAAAGAGUGUAUUAUCUCCAGUGCAGAAAAUAAUCUUCCUGGGGUUAUCACUCGACUCGGUGUCCUUCACGGCCCGUCUGUCAGCGGCGAGGGUGAACGUUUUCAGAGCCUGCCUCUCGCGUUUCACCCUGCGCAAUCUGGUCCCCUUCAGAUUAUGCCUCCGACUACUGGGCCUGAUGGCUUCGGCCAUCCUUGUAGUCCGGCUCGGCCAUCUGUACAUGAGGGAUUUUCAGCUGUGGGUGCGUUCCCUCAGGCUGAAUCCCGUGCGUCAUGGUGCACGGAGGGUGACGGUCAGUGCGCAAUGCGUAAUGGCACUGCGUCGCUGGCGCCACCCGGCUUGUCUGGUGACAGGGGUGCCUAUGGGCCCCGUACUGUCCCGGAAAGUGAUCACCACAGACGCGAGCAUGUCGGGCUGGGGUGGUAUAUGCGAGGACCGUUACGUGAGGGGCGUCUGGAGCGAGGAUCUCCAGCGCGCUCACAUAAACUACCUCGAGCUCUUGGCGGUGUUUCUCACGCUGAGACGCUUUCUCCCGCUUCUCAGGGGACAUCAUGUCCUGGUGAGAACGGACAAUACGACGACGGUGGCAUAUAUCAACCGUCACGGAGGUCUGCGCUCCCGGCAAUUACACAUGCUGGCACGCAGACUGAUCCUGUGGAGCAGCGUCCGCCUCCGGUCUCUGAGAGCCACCCAUGUCCCGGGGGCUCUGAACCGGGGGGCGGACCUGUUGUCCAGGGGUGCGCCGCUCUACGGGGAAUGGAUGUUACAUCCAGCCCUCGUGGAGCAGGUGUGGGCCCGCUUUGGCAGAGCCACUGUGGAUCUGUUCGCGUCGAGAGAGAACGCGCAAUGUCCGCUGUUUUUCUCAAUACGCGAUCCAGGUGCGCCGCUCGGCGUGGACGCGCUCGCGCACGUCUGGCCGUCGGUCCUCCUAUAUGCUUUUCCCCCGUUGACUUUGAUUCCCCCGACUCUGGACAGAGUCAGGGAGCAUUGCCACACGCUGGUUCUGAUAGCUCCGCAGUGGCCGGCCAUGCACUGGCUAGCGGAGGUUUAUCAGCUCCUGUCGGGGCAGCCAUGGCAGCUUCCCCUCCGCAGGGACAUGCUGUCACAGGCAGGGGGAGCAGUUUUUCACCCACAUCCGGAGCGCCUGGCUCUUUGGGCCUGGCCCCUGAGUGGUGUAAUUUAAAUACUGCUGGACUCCCUCAGAAUGUGAUUAACACUAUUCAGAGUGCUAGAGCAGCCUCCACUAGGUCUCUUUAUGACUGUAAGUGGAGGGUGUUUGAGGAGUGGUGUCAGAAAAAAGGACACAUCUCCUUUCAGUGC